AUGGCCGAGGGCGGCGGGGGCGCGCGGAGGAGGGCGCCGGCGCUGCUGGAGGCGGCCCGCGCGCGCUACGAGAGCCUGCACAUCUCGGACGACGUGUUCGGCGAGUCGGGCCCGGACAGCGGCGGGAACCCCUUCUACAGCACGUCGGCCGCCUCGCGCUCCUCCUCGGCCGCCUCGUCGGACGACGAGCACGAGCGCCCCGGGCCGCCGCCGCCCGCCGCCGCCGCCGCCGCCGCCGCCGCCGCGCCGGAGCCGGAGGAGGACGAGGCUGGCGCGGGCUGGACCGCCACGCUGCGGGACCGGCCGCCGCCGCGCUUCGAGGACACGGGCGGUCCAACCCGAAAGAUGCCCCCUGGCGCCAGUGCCAUGGACUUCUUCCAGCUUUUUGUCCCAGACAACGUGCUCAAGAACAUGGUGGUGCAGACAAACAUGUAUGCCAAGAAGUUCCAGGAGCGCUUCGGCAGCGACGGCGCGUGGGCCGAGGUGACGCUGACGGAGAUGAAGGCGUUCCUGGGCUACAUGAUCUCCACCAGCAUCUCCCACUGCGAGUCGGUCCUCAGCAUUUGGAGCGGCGGCUUCUAUAGCAACAGGAGCCUCGCCCUGGUCAUGAGCCAGGCCCGCUUCGAGAAGAUCCUCAAGUACUUCCACGUGGUGGCCUUCCGCUCCAGCCAGACCACGCACGGCCUCUACAAGGUCCAGCCCUUCCUCGACUCCCUGCAGAACGGCUUCGACUCUGCCUUCAGGCCUUCCCAAACCCAGGUGCUACACGAACCCCUGAUUGAUGAGGACCCUGUGUUCAUUGCCACGUGCACGGAGCGGGAACUCCGAAAGAGGAAAAAACGGAAAUUCAGCCUGUGGGUCAGGCAGUGUUCUUCCACUGGCUUCAUUAUCCAGAUUUAUGUCCACCUGAAGGAAGGCGGGGGUCCUGAUGGGCUAGAUGCACUGAAGAAUAAGCCUCAGCUCCACAGCAUGGUGGCCCGAAGCCUGUGCCGGAACGCAGCUGGCAAGAACUACAUCAUCUUCACGGGGCCCAGCAUUACCAGCCUGACCUUGUUUGAGGAGCUGGAAAAGCAAGAGAUUUACUGCUGCGGCCUGCUCAGCUCCAGGAAGAGUGACUGCACCGGCCUGCCCCCGUCCAUGCUGAGCAACCCGGCCACCGCCCCGGCGCGGGGCCAGCACCGCAUCAAGAUGAAGGGGAACAUGUCUCUGAUCUGCUGGUACAACAAAGGGCACUUCCGCUUCCUGACCAAUGCCUACUCGCCCGUGCAGCAAGGAGUGAUCAUCAAGAGGAAGAGUGGGGAGAUCCCCUGCCCCUUGGCCGUGGAGGCGUUCGCUGCUCACCUCAGCUACAUCUGCAAAUACGAUGACAAGUACAGCAAGUAUUUCAUUUCUCACAAACCAAACAAGACCUGGCAGCAGGUGUUCUGGUUCGCCAUCAGCAUCGCAAUCAACAACGCGUACAUCCUGUACAAAAUGUCAGAUGCCUACCACGUGAAGAGGUACAGCCGGGCGCAGUUUGGCGAGAGACUGGUGAGGGAGCUGCUGGGUCUGGAGGAAGCCUCCCCAGCCCACUGACGCCGAGGCGGCCAGGCUUAGGUGAGGCCCAGGUCCGGGAGGCUGGAGGAGGGAGAGAGCCUGCCGUUCGGACCUGCCCAGCCAGAGCCCUGGGGCGCCCCGGGGGUGGGCCCAGCCCGAGGGGUGCCCAAGGCCUCCACAGGGACCAGGGUGGGCCUGGUCAGAGGAUGGCUGCUGUCCCGGUUCCCCUUCAAAGAAGAGCACGUCCUCUGUCCAGAAGCAGCCACCCACCCAUGCCAGGACGGGUGCUGCACCCAGACUCCACAUGCAGGCCAGAGUGCUGCAUCCUCAUGACACCCAUGGAGCUCACCUCGGCGCAGGGGACCUGGGAAGGCCGUCGCCACCAGAGGCGCCGAGGAGAGGAUGAGCCAGGCCAUGUUCUGCUAGAAAUGUCUGCUCUGUAAAGACACAAAGACAUUUGUAACCUGGUUCUAUCUCGUACCAUGUCUGGAGGUGACCAGAAGCAAGCAGGUAGCGCUACGGUGGUCCAGGUGUGCACAGGAGACCAGAGCGCGCUCCGGCACUUGCCUCUCGUGAGCAGCUUAGAACGGGUCUCCUGGGAACAAGAAACACAAACUGGGUGCCAGUAGAAUGCAGGGAUGAAACGGGAGAGCGGUUGCCAUUCUGCGUCCCUACUCGUUUCAUCUCUCUGGCUGGUGGCCGGGGUGGGGGCAAGGGAAGAUGCCAACAGAACCGCAGUGAUGUGUGAUGCUAUUUUUUAUUUUUAAAUAUAUCUUCAGGUUAUUUUCUUACUGUUGCUUAAGAUCUUCUGUAAAAGGAAAAUGUGCCCCUUCUUUUCCAUUCCCCACCAAUCCCCUCCACCCCCAUCCGUGACUUUUUGCAUGAGCACCGUUCGGUGUGCCUGUGACUGUGCCAGGACCCGAGAGGGCAGCUCGCUUCCAGGACAAACACGGUUCCACCCCAUCAAGGAUCGAGGGGGGGGCCUGUGGGCCUUUGGCUUCAUCACAGGCAUCACCCUUGGCAGAAUUACGGUUUCGAAAAACCUGUAGCGUUGCUGGAGCAGACCGCGAAAGGUCUGGGGCCGGCACUUGCUGAGUCUCUCCUGCCCGUGUGUGGUGGCCUGGCAGUGUCUGUCCGAGCUCCCCCAGACCCUGGGAGCCCUGCGAGGGGCCAGUGGCGGGGAUCUGCCAUGGGGCUGGGGCCCAGCUCGCUCCCCCGGGGACUGAGGACCGCACGCCGCGUGCUCACUUCCCACAACAUCGGGGGCCCCCUUGUGAACGUCCGUCCGCCUGUGUCCAUGGGAGGCCUCGGCCCGGGUGGCCCACUGCUCUGACCAUCCCCCACUGACGCGAAACCGUGAUUUCUGGAGUUACACCAUCCUCCCACACACACCCCAAUUUAUGUACCCCCCUCAUAUAUUUUUUUUUCACAAAGGCAAAAUCUAUUCUACUCAGGCUUUGGGACUUUCUUCCUUGUUCCUACUCAGUGAAUUCCAAGUGUUGCUGGCCGCAUGCUCCGAACUCCAUGUCAUUUCUGUAUCCUAGGUUCAUGAUGAUCCCACCUCGCCCUGUGGUUUGAAUUCGAUGCCACGGAUUGUAGGCCACAUUUUCAAUUGUGUUUCAGAACACCUUUGCCUGUCCUUUAAUUGGAUUGAAAGCACUUUUACCACAUGGAGAAAUAUAUUUUUAAUUUGUGAUGCUUUUCUACAAGGUCCACUCUUUCUGAGUCUAAUGUGUUUCCAACACUUAGGGAGACUCUGAUGAAAGCUGAUGAAUUUUCUUUUCUGUCUAAAUAAGUAAAAAAAAAAAAUAAAAGUCUA